UCCAAAGCAUUCCUCAUCGCUCAGUCGCUCAGAAAAGACAUCCACCAGCACAACCGUUAGCUCGGCUGCAGAGAAGCAGAGGAGAUGGGCUCCACCACUGACGAGGAAGCGUGCAUGUUCGCUCUCCAGCUCGUCUCAUCAUCGAUCCUCCCGAUGACGCUCAAGAAUGCCAUCGAGCUGGGCCUCUUGGACACCUUGGUGGCUGCUGACGGGAAGCUGCUGAGCCCCGCCGAGGUGGCCGCCAAGCUCCCGUCCACAGCGAACCCGGCCGCGCCGGAUAUGGUGGACCGCAUGCUGCGGCUGCUGGCCUCGUACAAGGUGGUGUCAUGCACCGUGGAGGAGGACAAGGACGGCCGCCUCUCCCGGCGGUACGGCGCCGUGCCUGUGUACAAGUUCCUUACCCUCAACGAGGAGGGUGUCUCCAUGAUGCCUCUCACGCUCAUGAAUCAGGACAUG